GGCUUGUGUAGUUUGAGUUACAAGCUUCAUCGAAAGACGCAUUCCGAGUUGUAUAAAAUAUAUUUUAAUUACUAUUCUUUACGAAAUAUUCAUUUUGAAUAAGUAGACAAGUGUUAAAUUAAUAAGAUGGCAACAAAACGAUCUUCUGAAGGCAGUUGUGUAAAUCAGAUAAUAUGCGCGAUACUGAUAAAUGUUCCUGUUUUUGCGUAUGGGGCAAGCAUGGGAUGGAUGUCUCCAAUGACUCUGCUCUUGCAGUCAGAAAACUCCCCGCGAGGUACACCACUGACCGAUAUUGAGGUUUCCUGGCUGGCAUCGGUGGCUUAUUUAGUAUGCAUCCCUUGUGACUUUAUCCUGGCAAUACUAAGUGACAAAAUAGGAAGAAAAAAGUCUUUACUACUAACAUCGUUAGCCAAUGCUGUUAGCUGGGUAUUACUCUUGGUUUCUACACAAUUUUGGGCACUACUCCUAGCUCGAGCGUUUGUUGGUUUUUCGAUGGCAGGGAGCUUCGUCACGUGUUCUAUGUACACAAAAGAAAUUAGCGAUGAUAAUAUCCGAGGAGCAUUGGGAUCAUUGAUUAUUUUGUUCCAAACAACUGGAAAUUUGUUUAUGUAUAUUAUUGGAGAUAUGCUGGGAUAUCAUACCAUACUUUGGAUAUGUCUUUCAAUACCGACCCUGCACAUUAUAAUAUUUAUGAUGAUGCCAGAAUCACCGUCUUACUUGGUUAAACGUAAAAAACUAGAGGAAGUAAAAAGAGUGAUUGCUUGGCUGAAACACAGGAAAGAGGGCGACUCACUAAUAACUGCUGAGGUUCAAAAGAUACAAAAAGAACAAGAAAAUGAUUCAAAGUGCAGUGAAUUUCUGUUGAAGGAUAUAUUCAAGGACAAAGUAAUGCGCCGGGCAUACGGUAUUGCAAUGGCGGUCACUUUAGCCAGGGAAGUCUGUGGUGCAAUACCAAUCCUCAACUAUGCCGGAGAUAUAUUUACUAUAGCCUCAAGGGAUAGUAAUCUUAUUCUAUCCCCGAAUCAGCAGGCUAUGUUUCUGGGAGCUGUACAAGUUGCCGGAUCCAUAAUAGCUUCAAGUUGUAUUGAGAAAGCUGGUAGAAAGUUCCUUUUCUUCGGAUCGGCUCUCAUCUCUGGCCUUAGUAUGUGUGUUCUAGCGUCAUGGUUCUUAGCAAGAGAUUAUGGCGUAUUGGUUCCUAGCUGGGUGCCCAUGGUGACAAUGUGCCUCUGUAUAUUCUGUGACUCAGCGGGUCUGGCACCAAUUUCACUCGUGAUUGCAGGAGAAAUAUUUUCUUUCAAGUAUCGAGCAACAGUGAUGGCGACGACCCUGUCAACAACGUCCGUAGCUGACUUUAUUCAGUUACUAUUCUUCAAACCACUGGCAAAUGCUGUCGGUAUCCACGUAGCAUUCUAUUUCUUUGGCUUAUUUUGUGUUAUUAUAUCGGCGUAUACUCUACUGUAUGUGCCAGAAACAAAGUCUAGAAGUCUGGAUGAUAUCUAUCAAGAUUUGAUGAAACGUAAAAAGAAGACUAAGGAAAUACCAGCACCAUAAAUGAACACAAGUGGAAAUCCUAGGAAAUUUAGAAGAAUAAUUCACAAGUAUUUAUUUGAGUACAGGAUGUUGCUGUAAUUUAUUUAAAUAAACGUUAAUAAACGUAAUUCUUACCUUAAA